AUGUCUAAUCCACCGGAUUCGUGGGAUUCCGUGGCUGAUCCAGGCCCUACUGUCAAUGAUGGUGACCAGGCCGCCAAUGCCUUCAAAAAUCUCAACGUCAAUGCACGACCUUUUGUGCCUAAUCCUAAGGCUAAACCUUUCGUUCCAACAUUUCUCAAAGCUUCGGAACCAAUGCCUGUAGCUGCUGAACCGGCAGUAGACAACUCUACUGAAUCCACCACAGUUGCCGAUGAAGCUGUUGCAUCAGACGUCAAAACGGAACCGAAUGAAGAAAUUGUCCAAGAUAAAGCUAAGGAAGAACCUCAAACCCAGGAACAAAAAAUUGAAUGCAAACCAGCGGAGGAGGUAUCAAAGCCUGAACCUGAAGUGAACUUAGGGCCGAAAAAAGAACAUAUCAAUGUUAUUUUUAUUGGCCAUGUCGAUGCUGGCAAAUCAACAAUUGGAGGGCAUUUAUUAUUCUUAACUGGGCAAGUAGAUAAAAGAACUUUGGAGAAAUAUGAAAAGGAGGCAAAGGAAAAAAAUAGGGAAAGCUGGUAUUUAUCAUGGGCACUUGAUACCAAUUCAGAAGAAAGAGAAAAGGGAAAAACUGUAGAAGUUGGAAGAGCAACUUUCGAAACAGAGAACAAAGAAUUCACUAUAUUAGAUGCACCAGGACAUAAAAGUUUUGUUCCUAACAUGAUAGGUGGAGCCGCACAAGCUGACAUUGGUAUAUUAGUAAUUUCUGCUCGUAAAGGCGAAUUUGAGACUGGUUUCGAAAGAGGAGGCCAAACACGAGAGCAUGCCAUGUUAGCGAAAACUGCCGGAGUAAAGCAUUUGAUAGUUUUAGUUAAUAAAAUGGAUGACCCAACUGUUCAAUGGUCGCAGCAACGGUACGAAGAAUGUGAAACGAAACUUAUACCUUUCCUUAAAAAGGCCGGCUUUAAUAAAAAAUCCGAUAUUCACUUUAUUCCCAUUUCUGGCCUUACUGGUGCUAAUUUACGUGAUCCUGUAGAUAAGCAAUCUUGCACAUGGUGGAGUGGUGACCCUUUACUGUCAUACCUGAAUGAGCUACCAUCGAUUUCAAGGCAUGAUGAUGGCCCUGUUAAAUUUCCUGUAAUCGAUCGCUAUAAGGAUAUGGGAACUAUCGUAAUGGGUAAAUUAGAAUCGGGAAAAUUAUCAAAGGGGUCACAAUUGAUCUUAAUGCCGAACAAGGCAUCCGUAGAAAUAUUACAAAUAUACCGUAAUGAUGAAGAAGAGCAAAAAGCGUACACUGGUCAGAAUAUUAAACUUAAACUGAAGGGAGUUGAAGAAGAGGAUGUAUCGCCAGGCUUCUGCCUUUGCCAGGCCGAUUCUCUUUGUCAUGUUGGUAAGACAUUUGAUGCACAGAUUGUAAUUAUAGAACACAAAUCUAUCAUUUGUGCUGGUUACAUGGCAGUGCUCCAUAUCCACGCAUGUGUCGAAGAAGUUACUAUUGUGGCUUUACUUGGCCUCGUUGAUAGGAGAACUGGCCAGAAACAAAAGGGGAAGCCAAGAUUUGUGAAACAAGAUCAAAUUGUUAUUGCUCGCCUUCAAACAGCUGGCGUAAUAUGCUUAGAAACCUUUCAAGAAUUUCCACAAAUGGGUCGAUUCACACUUCGUGAUGAAGGCAUUAGUAAAUUUUAUAAGGUAAAACUACUCGCAAUUGGUAAAGUAUUGAAACUGAAGGAUGAAUUUUAA